GUUUAGCAGCGGGGCCGCGCGCGGAGCCGCUGCUCCACAUUCCGUGUUAUGUAGCGUCUCCACGGGCAGCACUGCCCGCCAUGGCCACCGGGAAGCGACUCUCACGGGUGUUCUGGAGCGACAGAGAGCGCUGCCUGCUCUGAGCGGCUGCCGCCUCUUUACCCCAGCGGAGGAGGACUUUGUCUGUCUAUGCGUGCGUGGCGGCUCGGUGUUGUUGUUACGUCUGGCGGCUCGCGGCUCAACAUUGUGUGCUUCGACAUCGACGCUGAGCUAGCGGCGGCCGCUAGCUUGGCCGGCGGGUUCCGCGGCGGGGGCGCCGGGGCAGGUGCGUGUGGGUGAUGUUGUCCGUGCUCUCGUACGGUCGACUGGUAGCCAGAGCUGUCAUCGGCGGACUCUCUCAGACGGACAGCCGCGACUACAGCCUGGUGACAGCGAGCUGCGGCUUCGGGAAGGACUUCCGCAAAGGCAUCCUGAAGAAAGGCAUGUGCUACGGGGACGACGCGUGCUUCAUCGCCCGGCACAGAUCGGCAGACGUUCUGGGCGUGGCGGAUGGCGUCGGUGGUUGGAGGGACUACGGCGUGGACCCGUCCCAGUUCUCGGGCACGCUGAUGAAGACGUGCGAGCGGCUGGUGAAGGAGGGGCGCUUCGUGCCCAGCAACCCGGUGGGGGUCCUGACGACCAGCUACUACGAGCUGCUGCAGAACAAAGUGCCGCUGCUGGGUAGCAGCACGGCCUGCAUCGUGGUGUUGGACCGGCAGAGUCACCGGCUGCACACGGCUAACCUGGGAGACUCUGGGUUCCUGGUGGUGCGGGGAGGGGAGGUGGUCCACCGCUCGGACGAGCAGCAGCACUACUUCAACACGCCUUUCCAGCUGUCCAUCGCCCCCCCGGGCGCCGAGGGGGCCGUCCUCAGCGACAGCCCCGACGCCGCCGACAGCUCCUCCUUCGACGUGCAGCUGGGCGACAUCAUCCUCACGGCCACCGACGGGCUCUUCGACAACAUGCCGGACUACAUGAUCCUGCAAGAGCUGAAGAAGCUCAAGAACACCAACUAUGAGAGCAUCCAGCAGACGGCUCGGAGCAUCGCCGAGCAGGCCCACGUGCUGGCGUACGACCCCAACUACAUGUCGCCUUUCGCACAGUUUGCCUGUGACAAUGGUCUGAAUGUACGAGGAGGAAAGCCAGACGACAUCACAGUACUGCUGUCCAUCGUGGCGGAAUACACCGACUAGUUUCCCUGGAGGAGCGGGACGGACGGCUGGGACUCCUGCUGGCCAGGAUGUAGGACUUCUGUCUGACGCUCAGCGGGCCGCGGCCUCUAUCCUCCCGAGUAAUGUUCAAAACAAAUCCUCCACGCCCACUCCUCCUCCACUGUGGCCAGAAUAACGACACGGUCUGGCCGGGCUGCAGUGUUCCAGUGCUCACUGGGUAAUCCCAUCGCCCGGGAUCAUCGGGCACGUCGGGGACAGAGGAUCCAGCCUGAAGAGGAUAAGUCGUCUUUUUGGGACGGGGAGGAAGUGGAGCUGGAGAGACUGGAGGCGGUCGGAGCCAGACUGUAGGUGUGAGGAGCGUGGAAGUGGCCCCCCGCUGAGCUGCUGGAAGGGAACGAUGCGGCCGCCUGCCAGCGGCAUCAAGAAGGGAAGUGCAGAGGAAACGGCAGCAUUAGGGCUCAAUAAAAGAGCUGCCUCGCGCAAGCAGAUGUUCUCAUUGACAAGGUGUUCGAAAGCCUUUCAGAAGGAGCCUGGAACUGUGUGUGUGUGUGUGUGUGUGUGUGAGUGUGGGUACAAGGGGCGUGUCAGCUCGGAGGAAACGACUGGUGUGUUGCUCUGGGAUGUGUUUGUAGAUGUUUGCAGAAAAGAAAAGAGUGAAUGGGACGGAGGUGUAACGGAUGGCAGUUGAAGUUUAGAUCAGUGUGCACGUGAACCACAGAUCAGUUAAAAUAUCGACUGCUUAGGGUGAAUCUUUUCAACCGAUUUGGCCAAACUCUGUGCUUUUCACCUCUCUUAAAGAUAAGUGUCCCAAAAAUUGAAACCAGUGUGAUUUUUAUGUCCUGAUUUAAAAAAACAAAAACAAAACAAGACGUGAUCUGUGAGGAAACCCACAACACGAUCCAAACUGAGCUCUGUGAUCCGUUACACCUCCAGUAUGAGAUAUUUUUAUGUCCGACUUGUUAUCUAGGGCGGAUCGAUCUAAUAAGAUCUGAUGAAGAAGAGCGGCAGCUGCCUUUUUCCAUGCCAGUGCAAUUCAAGUCUUGCACAUAUUUUGUUACUUAAUGGAAAGAGUAUUUUGUAGUUCAGAAGCCUCUCGAGUUGUGUAUAAUGUGUUGAACCGAUGCCCUCCCUUUAAUCUAGUAGCUGCUGCUCAAGUCUUGACUGUGAGUGUGAGUGUGUGUGUGUGUGAGUGAUGAUGAAUGUGUCGGUCGAUCAUGUGUUAUUUUUAGCGUCUUUGAAAAGGAUGUGAAGGUAACAGACUUCUCCAUAUCCACUGGACUGACUUGGUCUGGCGGCCUUAAAACGCACAAAGCUUGAAGCAGCAUAUCUGAAAAAGCUCGACACACCAGUAGGGAGUUGGUCAGGUGACCAAAUGUAUUUUUGUAAUUUCUGUGUUCGGUGGGAUUGUUCAUGGUGUCACAGUAGCUUGACAAACUGUUCAUAAUAGGCAUUUUGCUUUUCUUUUUGCUCUUUUUUUCCUUUUCCUCCUCCCUCCUGCUGUAGACCUCCACUGGCACAUACAGUACAGAUUGUCAGGUAACUUGAUGGUCUUUGUCUCCAUUACGUCACAACAGACUCGCUCUGUUUUUUCCACAGUUAGAAAAUGUUUCUCGGCCAAAUCCGGAUUUUCUGUGGUGGUUUUCAUGAUGUGCCUUGUAUCGGGCGUCGCUGAUACUGGCAAACAUGUCCGCAGUUCCUUAAACCCAUUGGAGCUUUCCCAACUCCUGUCUUAACAUCUGCAGUCUGUGGAAUUUAGUGGUCUUCUAGAAUCUGCUCCUGAGCAGAGGAACGACGACGAAGCCGUCCCACACUUUCAGAACCCCUCCCGGUGGAUUUUCAGAUCUUUGUUUACAAUCUGCAGCACUCUUCUACACGGACUCUUUCCCUGCUUCGUCUCACCAGUUCACACCAACUUCUGCUACGUCGGGCUUCAAAUCUGAGGACGACUGGAUUCAGGCCAUGCAAAGGUCGAAAUAUGAUUUUUUUUUUUUUUUUUUUUUUUUUUUUUUUUUUUUGUGUUUCAACACUGGGGACAAUCUAAGCAGCCUUAAUGAAAUUUUUAAUAAAAUUGCAAAGCUCUCCUCCCAGUCCACCCCGCGGCUCCUGCUUCCUGACGAGCACUGGCCCAGACAGACGUCUGAACCAGAGCCUGUCUCUCUCGCUCUCAUGUGUAUUAUAAUUAUAUCUUGGGUGUACAGUUCAAUGCAGAUCUGAGCUCUGUGACAAUUUUCAAAUCUGUACAAUAUUUAAAUAAAGACUAUAGUAUUUAUUAUC